AUGUCCUCCCAACCUCUCCUCCAAACCGCCCCAGGAAAAAGAAUCGCCCUCCCCACGCGCGUCGAACCGAAAGUCUUCUUCGCCAACGAGCGCACCUUCCUCUCAUGGCUCAACUUCACCGUCAUCCUAGGCGGUCUAGCCGUCGGACUCCUGAACUUCGGUGACCGCAUCGGCCGCAUCUCCGCCGGUCUCUUCACCGUCAUCGCCAUGGCCGCCAUGAUCUAUGCACUGGUGACAUUCCACUGGCGCGCGCAGAGUAUUCGCAAACGCGGCCAGAGUGGCAUUGAUGAUCGCUUCGGACCGACCAUUCUCGCUAUGGCGCUUUUGGCGGCCGUCGUGGUGAAUUUUGUGUUGAGGAUGGUGGAGUAA